CAACUUGAAAAUUUGUUGAGGAUCUGUUUGCAGAUACCAAAAUUGUUGGGGGAAUGCGAUUCAUUUCCUGAUGAAAACUUACAAAUCACUGUUGAUAGCUGCUUGGAGAAGGCUCACUUUAACACCAACGGACUAUCAUCAUCAUCCACAAACGAAAUAUCCCUAUCCAACUUUAUGGAUUGGAUGAGUUUCGAACCACAGCCUUUGGUUUGGAUCUGCGUACUUCACAGACUCUCUACCGCUGAGCUAUCAAUUCACUACGUCAGAUGCAACGUCUGCAGGAUCACACCCAUUACUGGUCUCAGGUACCGCUGUUUGAAAUGUUUCAAUUUUGACCUCUGCCAAACUUGUUUCUUCCACGGGUUAAAAGCCAGAGGUCACAAACUAUCUCACCCCAUGCAAGAGUAUUGGACCAAUUCAACCUCAUCAGAGUCGAUGCGUGGCUUCACGACAAUUUUUCGCAACAAAUUUCGCUCGAAGAGCUACUUCAAAAAGCACGCCAGACUCGGUUACUUGCCGGUA